UUUCUUUCUUCAUAAUACCCUUUCCACAAACACACACUCUCUCUCUCUCUCUCUCUCUCACUGUUCUAGAGAUUGAUGAGACACAUUUCUUCAUUUCUCUCCCACUCAUUCCCUUCUUCGAUACUCUUCUUGAACAUUUAAGGGAGACCCAGAGAAGAGAAUCUGUGUAACUUGAGCUUUUGAAGAUUACAACACCAAAAAAUGGUGGAUUCUCAUCUGGGCUUCAUUUUCCUUGUGUUAUGCUCUGUUCUUGUUUUGGCUUCUGGGUCUUCGAGAAACCUACCGAUACUGUCAUUCGACGAAGGGUAUUCGCAGCUCUUUGGCGACGAUAAUCUCAUGGUGCUUAGAGAUGGUAAAUCGGUUCAUCUCUCUCUAAGUGAACGAACAGGCUCUGGUUUUGUGUCUCAUGACCUUUACCUUCAUGGGUUCUUCAGUGCUUCUAUCAAACUCCCUGCAGAUUACACAGCUGGUGUUGUUGUUGCGUUUUAUAUGUCAAAUGGAGACAUUUUUGAGAAGAACCAUGAUGAGCUGGAUUUUGAGUUUCUAGGCAACAUCAGAGGCAAAGACUGGAGGAUUCAGACUAAUAUUUAUGGGAAUGGAAGCACAAAUAUUGGGAGGGAAGAGAGAUAUGGCCUCUGGUUUGAUCCUUCUGAAGAUUUCCAUCAGUACAGCAUUCUCUGGACUGAGAAUCAAAUCAUAUUUUAUGUUGACAACAUUCCCAUAAGAGAAAUCAAAAGGACAGAAGCAAUUGGUGGGGAUUUCCCCUCCAAGCCAAUGUCUUUGUAUGCAACAAUAUGGGAUGGGUCUGAUUGGGCUACAAAUGGUGGAAGAUACAGAGUCAAUUACAAGUAUGCUCCUUAUAUCUCCGAGUUCUCGGACCUUGUUCUACAUGGAUGCGCGGUUGACCCGAUCGAACAGUCAUCCAAGUGCGACAAUGCCCCGAAUUCUGAAUCAAUUCCUAACGGUAUCAUCACUCGAGAACAAAGGACCAAAAUGGAGAAGUUCAGAAAGAAGCACAUGCAAUAUUCCUAUUGUUAUGACAAAACUCGGUACAAGGCUCCUCCAUCUGAAUGUGUGAUUGAUCCCGAGGAAGCUCAGCACCUCCGAGGUUUCGACCCAGUUACAUUUGGGGGAAGCCACCACCGCCAUGGAAAACACCACCACCGGAGCCGAUCGAGCAAGGCCAAGGCAACCGCUAUUUAAGAAGGGUCCAUAAUUAUUUGUAUGUUGUCAUAUGGUCUUUACUGUCAUCUUUCUCUUCAGUUCGAUUAAGUUGGGCAGUGUUUUUUUUUUUUUUUUUU